GGUCCCACACUCAUGACGUCACGGGGCUCAGAAGGUCAAAAAUGGCGGAGCACUUCCUCCUCAGAGCUGAACAGACAUGAGAAGCUCACAAACAUUCAUAGUCGCCCCUCUUCUCAUAUGUAUUAGCCAUGGACUCUGGUUGGGCUAAAUUCCAGGCCAGCUACGCAUACGUUCCAGCAGAUGACAAAGAAAUCCCGCUUGCAACAGGAGAUUUCUUGGUUGUUGCUAAACCCUUCGAGAGUGCCGAAGGUUGGCUUGUCGGCCGUAAUAACAGGACAGGGCAGUACGGGGAGUUUCCUGGGACGUACUGCCAGUAUAUUGGGGAUGUGAACGAGCUGCCCGAGAUAGUGCCAGACGUUCCACCGCCCAGACCCCCGAAAAAUCCCCAAACUAAAGUCACAAGCGGGGGUCACUCACUGGUCAAGAAAUGUGUGAUAAGGCCAGUCUUAUGCAUCAACUGUGAAUCUUAUGUGUGGGGAUCCAAAACAGAAUUCUUCAAGUGUUCAGAAUGUGAAGUGUCAUGCCAUCUUCAAUGCACCCACAACCUGGGGAAAUUUACUUGUGAGAAGAAAAAGCAUGAAGAAGAUGAUUAUUAUGUACAUCUAGUGUCUUCUGUUGAGGAAUGGGCUGUUGAAGAUGUGAUGAGUUGGCUAGCUGUUACCCAUUUUUACACAUUUGCUGAGCUCUUUCGUGAUGCUGAAAUUGAUGGCUCAAAACUCAAGUCCAUGAAUGAAGCAAGUCUUUCUGAGCUUGGUAUCAAUGACAGCUCCCAACAGCUUUCACUCCUGCAUGCCAUUAAUGAAUUAUUUACUGGAAGUUCACCUAAGAGGGAGCCUAGCAAUUUUCGUGAUUUCCAACUAGCAGCACAAGGAUCAUUAGGCGAUCAUGAGUAUGUUGUUAAGACUUUUAACACAUUACAAUGGUGUGACAAAUGCUACAAGUGCUUAUGGGGUCUCUACCAUCAAGGGCUACAGUGCUCAGUCUGUGGGAUGUGCUGCCAUGUGAUGUGUCAAGCCAACUGCAUACCCAUGUGUCCCAAGAGGCGUGUCAAGGGUUCCACUGACGACGACAUUGAAGCACCAGUGUUUGGUCAAGAACUUGCAACCCAAUUCCGCCCUUCCAGCAAGCCAGCCCCUGUUUGUGUGAUGAAGUGUAUUGAGGCCAUUGAACAGAGAGGAAUGAAUGUGGAUAGUAUUUACCUGAUCAGCUCUCAAGGGUCUAAUAAAUACUCUCUUCGGUUGGCGUUCUGUCAAGACCCUGCAAAUGUGAACAUGAGAGAUGAAGAGUGGAAUGACCCUCACUGCAUAGCCACUGUGCUCAAAAUGUACUUCCAGGAGCUCCCAACAUCUCUCUUUACUGAGGAGAAAUAUUCUACUUUUAUCCAAAUAUUUAAAACCAACGAAAAUGAUGGCUUUGGGAAUCUGUUGAAAGAGAUUAAUUCUCUUCCAAAAGAACACAAAUCUGUGAUUGAGUAUUUAAUGAAACACUUAUUCAAGGUCUCUAAACAUCAGGACAAGAAUAAGAUGUCUUCCAGAUCUCUUGCCGUUGUGUUUGCUAGUAUUCUUCUGCGCCCCAAACCUAACGAACUGAUGAAACUUGCUUUGAAUCAUGAGACCCAAAUUCGUCUACUGGAUUUGUUGAUCACUGAAGGGGAAUGGGCCAAAGACCUACCUGCACAGUCGCCACCAGUGGUGCCACCACGCCCGGCCCGGCUUGGGUCAGUCUGCCGAGCCCCCUCACUGGAGUCAACUGGCCAAGACCUCACAGAGCUCAAGAAGGCUGAGUGGUACUGGGGCGAGGCAAGCAAGGAGGCGGUCAAUGCUCGAAUGCGAGACACAGAGGAUGGUACAUUUAUUGUACGCGACUCCAAGAGAUUCCCCGGGGAAUACACGUUGACCUUGAUGAAGGGUGGGGUUAUCAAGUUGAUUCGCAUCAUGUACAAGGAUGGCAAGUAUGGCUUUUCUGAGCCGCUUACCUUCAAGUCUGUCAUCGAUUUGGUGUCAUACUACAAGGACCGGUCGCUGGCGCAGUAUAACCCAAAACUUGAUGUUAAACUCGCUCACCCGUUAUCACGGUUUGAGCAGGAGGAAGGAGAGGUUCCGCCAGAGAAAAACGACGAGUAUAUGACUAAAAUGGUGGGAGACCUUGUGGACAUUAACAAAGAAUUUAUGGGCAGCUCUACUGAGUACGAAAAGCUAUACAAGCACUACACUGAUUCGUCUGAGGAAAUCGCAGACCUGCAGAUGAUUUUGGAAGCUCAGCGAUCGGUCAUUUCGAUGAUCGAGGAACAGUUGAGACUUCACGAGCACUUCCAGCGCGAGGCAUCUCCAGAGCACCGAGGCCUGUUGCGGCAGAACUACGAGCUUUUGAAGCAUCGGUUGAAUGAUGCUAAGUUAGAGCUUGGGAACUCCGAGCGCGAACUCUCGAACAAGACACAGGACAACCGACUUGCAGACAAGCGUAUGAACAGCCUUAGACCAAAAAUCAUAGAGCUACAGCGCAAAAAGCAACAGUAUAUGGAAGUACUUAUGGAGCAGGGUGUCACGCAAGACGAAGUCCAAGAAAUCGUCAAUGAGGGCGUUUAUCAAGUGCCAGAUAUCGAUAUGAGCGAGGAAAACUGGUUAUUUGGCAGGCUCUCCAGAACUGAAGUCGAGCAUCUGCUGAGCGGAUGUCCUGAUGGUACUUUCAUGAUCAGAGAAAGCAUCAACCGACCCGGGGAUUACGCUGUCAGCUUAUCGUACGAUUCCAAGGUUCGCCACAUCGUCGUGAUCAAAGACAGAGACAGAGAUCGGUAUGGGGUAAACGAGAACUUUGUGGUUCAUCCGACAUUAGCUGAUCUUGUCAUCCACUACCACCACAACUCCCUGCAAAAGCACAACCGGCACCUCGCGACCAAACUCGUCUACCCGCUACGAUGGGUCAAAAGCGAUUUGAGUCAGAACUAGCACUUGUGCACAUAGCUAGUUAAACAACAGAUUUUAGGACAGAUGUAGUAGUAUAAGCCCGUUGAUCCGGCUUACGUGACGCGUGAGUAUCGUAGGCUAUGAAACCCUAUGCAAAAAGAUAUUAUCCACUAUUUAUGUUCAUCUCAUAAAUUUCGCUAUAAUCACGCUGAAUGGCAAUCCAUCCAACAACUAAGGCUAUGUUCAAACGUCGUAUUAUCAAUUAGCCGUAUUCAGUGCAAAUUAUGCAAAUGGGCCAGGUGCAUUGUUUUAUCUUCAUUUGCAUGCAUUUGCAUUGAAUACGACUCAUGGAAAGUACGACAUUUGUGCAUGGCCUAAAACAGGUCAAUUGAGUAUCAAAUUGUAUUUUAGAGAAUGAUGUCAGUCAUGUAGCAGACCGCUCGUAAGGCCUAACAGGAUUGGCUGGAUUACCUCAUUGUUUUAUUGUAUUCCCGUUCUAUUGUUUUGUUUGCCAUUGGUUUGUCUGCGGUGUAUCAAUCUAAUCAGGUGAAAUUUUCUGAGAGCUGCUACACGACCCAAUGAAGUCAUUUCUUAGUAUUCAAAAGAAAAACAAAGCAAAUUGUCGCGCAAGUCGGAUCUCCGGAAUUGAAAAAAGAUAUUAGUAAUCUCAAACUUAGUUCUUGAGUCUACUUAGUCUUUAUAAGGUAACUUUUUCUAUGGUUCACUGACUUAGGUAUGGACCUAACGUAUUGACCUACUCACCGGCCUUUUUAUGUUUUUUCCUUCCUGGGAAGGAGUAUGCCCGGCUGGCGAGCCUGGGUACGAGCCAGACAAGACCCAGUGGUUGACGGUCAUCACUUCAAAAAGUGAUUUGAGCUGCGACAGGUAUCCCGAGCCCCGCGCUAUAUUAAUGUAGGCUUGAAGCGGAUAUCUAGCGCGGAAAUCCAUACUCGAGGUCAUUUUUCUAUGUAAUUUGGGCUUCCUGUGGUCGCGGAGACUCUUCAGUUCCCGCCUAGAUACUCACUUAAGAGGUAUUGUGGCCUGUGUUUUUAUUUUAAAAGAUAAGUAGAGUAGUACCAGCACUUGAGACUUGAAGCUCGCUGGUAAAAAAUAAAAAGUUAUUGUAAUAAUCAUGAUAACGUACAGAGAUCAGACCUAAAAACGCUCAAUAAUAAUAAUAAUAAAAAAGAAAAUAACCAUACUCUCAUAGCUAGUAUGCAUUAUUAAGUUUAUAGAGUCUAGUUGUUGCGGUUUCCCUUUGUUUUCCCCUAUUAGAGAUCAAUACCCACUGUUGCCCACCAUCGGUGUGCAAAUAAUUCUUUGUAUAGAAUAUAGAUACGUUGUGUUUCCCGACUGGUCGGGGGGACGGUGUGAGAAGCAGCAGAAUCUAUCUCUGCCCUUUCAUAGAAGUUUGUGUAAAAAAGAUUUUCUAGAUAUGAAAUAUCAGUAAUAAAGUUACCUCAAAUUGA